AGAAGCAGCUCCACAAGCGUUAGCCAACACGGGAAGCGGUGAAACGUCUGGAGGACUCAGUUUAGCGUUCCUUCUAAUUUAUUCUGGUGGCUGUAUUUUCCAUUUGACAGUUCUUAUUCAUUGGUCAAGCAUCAAAUAUGGCCCGUGGGCACCAGAAGUUCCAGUCCCAGCAGAAGAAUGCCAAAAAGCAGGCAGACAUCAAGAAGAGCAAAGGCCAUGACCAGAAAGCAGCAGCUAAGGCUGCUUUAGUAUACACAUGCACUGUGUGUCGGACACAAAUGCCUGACCCGAAGACUUUUAAGCAGCACUUUGAAAGCAAGCACCCAAAGUCCCCAAUGCCGCCGGAGUUGGUUGGUGUAGAGGCGUAACAGAUCCACCCCUCUGUAAUUAGGUAUUUUAGGACUGAUUCCAGACAAGCUUUUACAUUUUGCAAUGUUUCAGAUAAUAUAUCCAAAGUAUUACUUUAAUUAGAUAUCAUGCUGCCUAAUUUUGUAAUUUGUAAGAGGCUAUUUUCUGCAGAGAUAGCACUUGCCUGUCUGUGCUCCUGUAGUCAGUUUUUGUCCAGAUUGUAUUUUUUGAAAACUAUCUUGACUUGCGGGUAUUUGAUUUGGUGCCAACUGUGAAUGCAGACAGCUACUCUGUACUGGUUCAUACUCAAACUAGACACUACCUGUGAUGGUAUGCAAUAUUACUAACUGAUCAUUUAGACGUGUAAUGCUCAUAAGACUAGCUAGAUCUUACUGAACCAUGAUCUCAGGACUUCUACACAGGACAAGCUCUGAACUUGAAAGACAAAGAAAUUAAUUGGCAAUGGCUUUUCCAGGCAAUGUAUAAUACUGAGGAGAUAAUCAUGUCUUUUUUAACAUAUAUACUAUGAAACCCACUAUGAAAACCUGACAUUUUUAACAGAGACAUAAUAGUUUAUACAGAGUUACGUUGGACUUCAUAAUGUGAUAGUAAACACUUUAAGUAGUUUCAGAUUUACUUCAAAUCUGCACUGAUAUUUUCUUUUACCCAGUAAUUAUAAAAAAAUAGGAAGAUUGUGUAGUUUUUCUGUUUCCAGGAUAUGCUCUACACAUUGUAAUACUCGGGUACUGCAGUUGUGGAUUGGACUUUCCCUCUUAGUUGAUGAAAUGUGAAUAGAUUGGUCCCCUCUGUGACUAAGUUCUAUUCAGGAGAGCUGUCAAAUUUGGCCUAUGAUGGCAGUGCAGGUGUACCCAUAUCACAGCCUUCCAUUACACAAUGUUUUUGUUAUCUAUUUAACAGAGCAGUGGUUCUCAACUUUGGGGCCGGUACCCCCUUGGGGAUCGCGAGACACUGAGAGGGAGUCUCCAGAUGCCCUAAAAACACUAUGAAUAUUUUUAAAAUUACACUUUUGCCACUUCACACCAAUUUUGUCAAUUUUUUUACCCCUUUUCACUAUUUUUCCCACAAUUUUUAGCACAUUUUUCCCAUUUAACACCUAUUUUGGUCCAUUUUAAACUCUUUCCAUCAAUUUUUUCUGCCUUUUUUUGCCACUUUUAAACAAAAUGUUGCCUCUUAAGUUUAAUGUUGCCUUUGCUGACCCAUUAUUGCCACUAUUAACCCUUUUUUACCCCCAAUUUUUCCCAUUUAAACCACAUUUCACCAUUUGAUAUGCCCAAUUUUGGUAGUUUAACCAACUUCUGCCAAUAUCUGCCUAUUUUUUCUUUUUCAGUUAACCCUUUUUUGCCAGAUUAUAUCAAUUUUUCAUCAUAUUUCCAACCAUUUUUGCCAAUUUAAAGCAAUUUUAGCCACAUUUUAACUCCCUUUUUCCACUAUUGGUGCCCAAUUUCGCCACCCAUUUCUGCUACUUUUAAAAUUCAACUUCACCAACUUUUCCAAUAUUUUUUCCAUUAUUAACCCAUUUUAGCAAUUCUUAAACCAUUUUCAUUUUUUUUUGACAAAAGGGAUUUACAAUUUUAAGAAUGCCUUUGACUUUACAAAUGAUUAAAAAAGAUACUUGUUUUAUUGGUAAGUGUGGUUAUUAUUCAGGUUAAAUAUAAAAUAUUUCUAUCACAGCUUAACUUCACUAUGGAUCAUGGUUUUGCUGACCUCCAUGGGCCCCCAGUUUGGUUGGGUACCAGAAAGCUCUCUCAUUUAUCCCCCUUUAUCCCACAGAGGUACAGUGGGGUUCCCCGGUCUCUGGAACCUUUAUUUGGGGGUCACAGGCUGAAAGGGUUGAGAACCACUGUAACAGAGCGAUGUGAUGACUGCAUUAAACAUUAAUUUACACUGAUAGAGGGGGUCUAACGAAGAUACAUGUUUGCACUGGGUGUUAUAAAAGAGUCCAUAUUCCCAUCCUCCAAGUAUGUCACUGUAAUGACAAAUGCGUGGCAUUGUUAUGUGUUCUGUGCAUUUUGAUAACGAUGUUUUUGAAAGUCUUCACCACGUUUCUACUUUGCUCCGUAUCCUGUCAUCUCAAUGGUGUGUUUGAAAAGUGGCUCUAAAGUGGAGUUCCUGGUUCCCCGGUGUUAUGUCGUCAUGGUGAUACUAAAGUAUUUGGAUAAUGAGCCUGUGUUAAAUGUUUUCAGUUCAUAACACUGUUAAGUUAGCUAUAGUAGGCUUAUAGUCGGCUUUUAUAUAAGUUUGUUCUAACAGCAUGCUAACAGUGACAGAAUUUAUUUUAUAGAGGGAACUAUUUUCAGUACGUUUAAACCUACUGGUCGUUAACCACUGACAAUUUCAUCACUGUGCUAAAGUCUGGACUGACAACCAGCCAUGUUUUUACUUUUUUGUAUCUUUGUCCACACCAUGUUAUGUAAAGCCCUUUAAUAAAGGUGAUACUUUUAUAAAAACUAAAAA